UCAAAAUUGCCGCGUAGAAGGACGGCGUGGGAGACAUGACGUGAUUGGUGAAUCACGCUUCCCCCAUCUCGUCGGCGUGGUUGCGACAAGACCGUUCUUAGCGAGUCCGGCAUUGCAUUCCACAAACGAGAGUGAACGAGAGUAGUUGGCUUUGGCUCGACGUAACAUUCGUACGCUCGUGCUAAAGUAUUGUUCCGCUGACUUGUACUCAAUCAAUUAACAAGCACGUUCGACGCGCGAGGUUGACACUUUUCGCGGCCCGCAACGUCAGCACAUUAAUCGCGCUAACACGAUGUCAGCAAUCUUCGAUUUUGAGCUGCAGGACGCUGGGCUGUUGCAAAGAGACGAGUCGGACGACGACGAUGUCAUCGAGUUCGGCGCGGAGGAGGGCGAUGCCGAUCCGAGUGAGAUUGCAAAUUCCGACAAUUCUGACGUCGGAAGCGUGGAAGCGGUGCCAAUAUGCGAGCAAAACGUCAACCGCGAACGCGAGAAGGUCGGGCCGCAGGAUUUCGAAUUGUGCAAAGUUAUUGGGAAAGGCGGCUACGGCAAGGUCUUUCAAGUACGCAAAGUAACAGGAAAUGACAGUGGCACGAUCUUUGCUAUGAAGGUAUUGCGCAAAGCUUCAAUUAUAAGAAAUCAGAAAGAUACAGAUCACACUAAAACUGAAAGAAAUAUUUUGGAGUCUAUAAAGCAUCCUUUUAUCGUGGAUCUCAAGUAUGCAUUCCAAACUGGUGACAAAUUAUAUCUGAUAUUGGAAUAUAUGUGUGGCGGUGAACUAUUUCGACAAUUAGAUGAUGAAGGAGUUUUUCUGGAAGAUGCUGCACGUUUUUAUUUAUGUGAAAUUACAUUGGCUUUGCAACAUCUCCACUUGCAAGGAAUUAUAUACAGAGAUUUAAAACCGGAAAAUGUUUUAUUGGAUGCAGAAGGACAUAUUAAGUUAACUGAUUUUGGAUUGUGUAAAGAGCAUAUACAGGAAGGUGCUCUAACUCAUACAUUCUGCGGUACCAUUGAAUACAUGGCACCUGAAAUCUUAACAAGGAAUGGACAUGGGAAAGCAGUGGACUGGUGGAGUUUGGGAACUUUAAUGUAUGACAUGCUUACAGGACUUCCACCAUUUACCUCGGAUAACAGAAAGAAAACGAUUGACAAGAUUCUACGUGGUAAAUUGAUUCUUCCACCAUAUCUAACACCCGAUGCCAAAGAUCUUCUUCGGAAAUUAUUAAAAAGACCAGUUACGCAAAGAUUGGGAUCUGGAUCAUUGGAUGGCGAACAAGUAAAAGCACACAAAUUUUUCAAACAUAUCAGUUGGGAUGAUGUUAUAUCUCGAAAAUUAGAACCUCCUUUUAAACCAAUAUUGGCUAGUGAAGACGACGUAUCGCAAUUUGAUAAAAAAUUUACCGCUUCAGCACCAAUAGAUUCACCAGUAGAAUGCACUUUAAGCGAAUCGGCCAAUAGAGUAUUCCAAGGAUUUACAUAUGUAGCACCGAGCAUAUUAGAGGAUGUGUAUUCACAACAAUCACGGUACCUAACUACUGUGUCGCAGCCACGAGUUGUAAAAGCCAGAAGUCCUCGUAAAGCAUCUUCACGCGGUUUUUCGCCUCGGACAACACAUUUCCACCUUCACAAUACGCAUUUGCCGAAUCACAGGCAUGGGGGAGUCGGUCACAGCAAUAUGGAAGAUACAGAGAUGAUUGAGAUAGGCUAACCAUUGUUAUCAAACUAGUAGAUAGCAUUUUUGUCCAACUGCUGAAUAUUCAUAAUGCUCAGGGAGGGGUUUUAUAAUUUAGAGGGAAUAGUUAGGGAAUGGAUUCAAUAUCCAUUAUUACUUUACAUGGAUAUCCAGCAGUUACAUAUUUAGGUAAUAUAUUUUUUUUUUAUAUUUGUAUAUUUUGAAUAAAAAAAGUUAAUACUAUAUAAUUUAACGGCGACGCAGCAGUUAUCUGGUAGCGCUCUGAGUAGUUGCAAUUUUAUUGAAUAAGUUUGAAAAUAAUCUGCAAAAAAGCAUAUUAUGUUACAUAAUUAUAUAACACAGAUUAUUGUCUCCCAAUUUUUUUUUUUUUUAAGAAAUUUAGUAAAAAUGUAUGUAUUACAUUGGAUUACUCAUGCAUGAUUUUUUAUAAAUAUUACUAUUAAUGCAGCAAUCAUGUUAUUAUUCUUAUAAUAUCGUAAUUUGUACUGUGGUUUAACUAAGAUAAGCUUUUAAAAACUUGAAAAUAUUCAAGCAUAAUGCUUGAAACGUAAGAAGCUGUAUAAUUAUUAGAUGCUAAAGACUUAAUCUUGAUAAUAUUUUUACAUCUGAAGAUUUAUAUAUAACAGUAUAUAUAAGUCUAUAAUAUAAACUUAUUUUAUAUAUUUACAACUACGCUCCCAAUUACAAUUCAACGGUUAACGUUAAUUACUCUUGACAAGAACACUUUUGAAAGAAAUGCUACCACAACCGCUCCGCCGCUCCAGGUUCCAUAUACCAUUGUCUAUUAGGAGAAAAUAUUUUUCUUAUAUCAUCUGUGGAAAAUAUUUUCAGCAGUAAUAACGUUUCCAUGGCAAUAAAAAAUAGUUCGCCUAAAUAAUAAUAAUUAUAAAAAGAUGAAAUAUAUAAGAGGUAUAAUGGAAUUGCAUUUACACUAUGAAAAAGUUCCUAUUGCAAAUUUAAUUACAACAUACUUUAGAUUCUCUAGAAAAAAACAUUCUGUUAAAUAGACAUAUACUGUAAUUAUCAAUAUUUUGGAAUGAGAGGAACGUUGUCAUUCUCUAUAAUUUUUUUAUAAUGAAAUUAUUAAAUGUUUAAUUAUUAAUUUUUUAUAAAUAUAAUUAUUAAAAAUUUAAUUUAUAUAAAUGUCUUGAAAUAAGAAAUCAUUAUCAUUCUGUGAUUUGAGUGCGAAAAAAAAAUGUAUACAUAUAUAGAUUUUUCUACCUCCAUGACAAGUUGUUCUCAAUGUAAGAUAUUGAUAUUAGAUCUCUAAAAAGUCAGACUGGUACAAGAUGAGAGCAAGAUACCAUGGUAACAAUGUUACUGCGAAACAUUGACUUUCCAUCCGAAUAAGUAUUUUAUACUUGUUCUUGUGUUACGUACAUUAAUGUAUACAUAUAUAACAUGUAUAUAGAUAAUGAUUUUAAUUACAAAACAGUAGAAAAAUAGACAUAAGCAAGAGUAACUGUAAAAGUUGCUCAUAAAGGCUCCGAAGUACCCAAGUGUUCAAUAGGCCAUGCUCUAGCCGGCAAAUAUAUCUUUUAAUUAUUUAUAACGAACACCAUAGUCGAGAUGUAACAUUGCCUGACAUUUCUAUCUUCCUUUCAAAUAUUUUUUCUUUUCCUGAAAACAUGUCUCGUAGAUAAGUUGCAUUUCGACUAUGUCUACAUAAAUAAGCGCGUAUAAUAUACAUUAUAAAACCAUGUUACCCUACAGCUAUAUAUACAUACUAUGAGGAAAAUGUGUAUUCACAGGGAGACAAUGAAAACUUAAGUCGGUUCUCAUAUAUGUAUUCGAAAAGACAUGUAUUUUCAAUGUUAAAUCGGGAAUGUGCCUACAGAGUUGUCAAGACGCUAUUUGAAUAUGUAUAUUACGUACGCUCGAUGGUGUGUGUACUGAAAUUUACUAUACGUAAAAGAAAGAUACCAAUUACGUCCUAAGUUACCCACUGUCAGAUUUUGAUAAAUACCAAAACUGCUAUAUAAACUGUUACCUAAGAUUCGCUUUAAAUUAAAGCAUGCCAGAAAAUAUGAAAAUCGCUAUUCACUGCCUCGUACAACUGUGUACGCGUAUUGUUGCUUUCACCGAAAUUUCACUAACGAAUCUUAAAAUUUCGAAGUCGAGGCAUUUGUUAUACAAGUGAGAAAAACCGAGAGUGCGUCCAAAUGAGAGAACUUUGUAGAUAGAUUCUCACAACUUGAUUGACGUGCUCUCAAGAAAACUUUGGUGCUGAUUAUUUUGCUAUAGGGGAGAAAUUAACCUUCUUUAUUAUUAUUGUUUUAAUAAUUAUUAUAACGUAGAGAUAUAUAUUUCUUAUAUUCCACGCUCAAUUCUGAUGCGUUAGUCAAGAAUUCAAUGGUAAUCAUAUAUGUAUGUAUGAUUUUAGCAACAUAAAUGUAAUCUCUGCACGAUAAUAUAAUUCUCACAUAGGAAUGCCGUUGUUUGCGCAUUUUUGAUUAUUUUAGCUGACAGAUAUUCAGUACAAAGUAUAACGAGAACUGACAUUGUUAGAAAUCGAUUUGUCGAUUCAACCCAAUAACUUUAUCGAUAGGAAAAUUAAUAAUUUGAUUAGUUUUAUAUAUAUUGCGAAACAUGCAUAUUUAUUUGCAAUACGAAAUAUAUUAGUUAUUUAAGAGCCUCCCGUACAAUAUCAUCGAAUGAUAAGUAACGAAAUCUAGCCAAAAUAUAGGCAGAAAACUGAAUGAUUUAUAUGCUUCCAAUUAAGAUUAAAUGUAGAUUCUCAAGAUUAACUUAUCACUACUAUGAUUUGUAAUCCUCUAUAAAUAAAUAAAUAACGAUUUGUGAGAGAAAAAUA